CGCUGAGUGGCUCUCCUGUCCCGGUGUAUCAGGGUAACUCCAAAGAAAUCAAGGAGUCUGGGGCCUGGGCUACUCGGUUGAAGUUCCAGGUGUCUAAAUCGGGGGAUUGGGGUGGAAAGGCACAAGCCAUGGAAAGGAAUGAUGUCAUCAACUUCAAGGCUUUGGAGAAAGAGCUGCAGGCUGCACUCACUGCUGAUGAGAAGUACAAGCGGGAGAAUGCUGCCAAGUUAAGGGCAGUGGAACAGAGGGUGGCUACCUAUGAGGAAUUCAGGGGUAUUGUCCUUGCCUCACAUCUGAAGCCUCUGGAGCGGAAAGACAAGAUGGGAGGAAAGAGGAUCGUGCCCUGGAACUGUCACAUAAGUCCAGGACAUACCUCCCAGGACGAGGCUACUGAAAUCUCACAGGAGAAAACACUCCUCCAGCCUGAGACCUCGGCAGAGUUCUACCGCAAUUGGCGGCGACACUUGCGGAGUGGGCCAGAGCGCUAUGAGGCCCUGCUGCAGCUCGGGGGUCCCAAGCUGGGCCACCUCUUCCAGACAGAUGUGGGAUUUGGACUUCUAGGGGAGCUGUUGGUGGCCCUGGCUGAUCACGUGAGGCCAGUUGACAGGGCACCAGUGCUGGGUAUCCUGCGCAGCCUGGCCAGUACUGGACGUUUCACCCUGAACCUGAGCCUGCUGAGCCAUGCAGAGAGGGAGAGCUGCAGAGGCUUGUUUCAGAAGCUUCAGGCCAUGGGUGCCCCCAGACCCAUGAAAGAAGGGCUCAGCCAGGACGAGCAGGGUCUGGAGGAGCAACCUGAAGGGCCCCAAGAUGAAGAGAGGCUCCUGCAGGAGCUGCUGGAGCUGUACCAGCUGGACCAAUAGCUCCAGCUGCCCUCAGAGGUCCCCAUGGGUUACUUGAGGCAUUUUAUUGUAGUCUUGGGGGAUCUGCAGGACUGUAAUGAGAAGCCCACCCCUAAUUCCCUUCUCAGCUUGGAAUUUUCUGAGCAGGAGCAGGAAUCAGGUCUUCCCCACUUCUCUUAUCCCCCACUGGCUCCAUGUUUAGAACUCUGGAUUCAAAGGACAGUCAAUGGCCCAAGAAGUUGAGCCUGCCAAGCCUUUAACCCCUCCGUCAGCCCUCCCCUAGCUCUGAGAGAUGGCUACCCCAAUAAUGCCCUCUACUCAAAAGAGAAAGCAAAUCAUUAAUCUUCCGUGGUAAAUAAGUGAUCUCCACAGCUCUUAAUAAGACUAUUUAAAACCCCAAACCGUUGAACGGACAAUUGAUUGACAAAUGAUCAAAAGCUACCUCAUUUAGGGUAUAGCAUUUCUCCCCAGGGACUGAGCUCCUGUGCAGAUUGAUCCUGGGAAAGUCCCAAGCUAUGAGCAUGGCUCUGGUCAGCCCCCUGGGCUCCUACAGAUGGUCAGGUCUGGCAGCAUGAGGGUUUCCUUCAUCUCCCAGAUUGAUCGAAGGGAAGACCCUUCCACCAAGCAGGCAGGGCAGGGCAGGGCCUGGAGCAGUGAGGCUGAGAUUUCCCUGUCCCAGUCCCUGGACCCUUGCUUUUCACUCUGGUUUCCUCUGACUCAUUCUUGGAUGAAUGCUUGAGUUCUAGAAAGGGGAUUGAGGGCCAGGUUCUAGAAUGGUUUCCUCAUGAGACCAGGUCUGGAACAUUAGAAGGCCAUCUUGUACAACAGCUGGGAAUAAAUUGCCUUGGCUUUGGCCACUUCCUC